UGCUUUCUCUAUUAGUACUUCGGCGUCGGCGUAGUGUCCCGGCAAAGUUGUAAUAUUUACAUGAGCAAAUUUCAUUCCUCUCUUCUUAAGAUUUGCAUGAAGACCUUUAUUCAUCCUUACUCUGGGGUUUCCUUCUUUUCCUCCCGUGUUAGUUUUUUCAUGUGACUUGCGGACAGGUGUAUCAACGCCAGGAGAUAAACAAGUUAUGCAUUCCCAAGCCAAAGAAGGUUCGCAAAGUUUAUCAUAUUCCGUUCUUUUCAUACUGAUACACUUAGCAUGAAACCACUUGUCGCAUGAAUCGCAUUGUAUCGCCAUCUGAUUCUUUCGACAUCCUUUAGUGCAAACAGCACAAGCAUCCGUCACUGGCCCUGGAUUCUCCUGUAUAUCUCCUGCUAACAGAACCAUGUAAGUUGCGCAGAGAGUGAUAUUUGUAAAUUUCAGUGCCGCCAUACAUUUCAAAGAUGGCGGCACGAGUGCUUCACAGAGGAACCUCCGAGUCGGACCAGAAUUUCGCGUUGGAUACUGCUUAAUAUCCAGACCCGUCGACACAGCGAUACUGCAGGACGUCUUAUCGAAACCACGCUUAGGUUUUAGAGAGUGUAGGACAAUUGUGAUAAGUAGCCAAGCCAAGAAUAUCAGAGAACAUCGAUAGCCCGCAAUUACGCCACGAUAACCACGAUAACCAUCUAGUGAGUGGGGAGAAUCAUCGGCCAAGGAUAAAGAUAAUGCUUUGACUGCCUUAAUUCAUUUGAUGUAAGGAGUCUGUGAGCGAGACACGUUCUUAGUUAUUGUCAGAGACUCUUUACGCGUGAAGACAAUAGAACCCGUCAAGAGAAACGUAGUUGUCAGAGAAAAAACACCAGAGGAUUCCGCAAAGAUCCCAUAUUCUACCGAAAGCACCAUGGGAUCCCCAGUGGAAUAGAAAUGGGAGAAGCGUUUCGGUUCAAAACACCCUCCAGUAUUUUGGUCGUGGGCCCUUCUGGUUGUGGCAAGACUUGUUUUACCGAAUCUUUACUCUUGGAUCACCUGGAAGAAUUGUUUGUAAACCUUCCCCCUACGAUUCAUUAUUGCUACGGGGCGUGGCAAGAUGGAUUUCGAGACAUGAAAGACGCUGGUGUGCAAUUUCACGAAGGGAUUCCAGAGUCAGACCAUCUAAAGUCAUGGUUUCCGAAGGGUGGAUUACUCGUAUUAGACGAUCUGAUGGCAGAGGGAGGUGAGGACAAAGCGUUGCUAGACUUAUUCACCAAACACUCUCAUCAUCAAAAUAUCACCGUGUUCUACUUAUGCCAAGACAUGUUGCCACCAGGGAAAUACGCUAAGAGUAUUUCCAGGAACGCCCACUUCAUUGUAGCCUUCAAAAAUCCAAAUUAUCAAUUAGGGAUGAAGAAUUUACUGCUUCAAGCUUUUUCCACUUGCUGGCAAGACAUGAUGGACGCGUAUCAAAAAGUGACCGAACGACCGAUUGGGUACACGGUCCUGGAUUUACAUCCCGCCAGUGACGACAGGAAACGCGUGUUUAGUAACCUGAUGACGCACGAAGGAUGCCCGCGCUGGCAUCGAAGAAAGAGAGAGGAUGACUGAUAAUUGACUAAAAUGGUAUAUUAAAUAUCAGUUUAAUCAACUCGGCUCAUUUGAAGCACGCUGUCUUGGUUAAAGGUCGACGAGAAUCAUGGAUGAUCGUUCAACAGAUAUUUUUGGCCCCGUGGAAGAUAACAAUGAUGAAAACGUAAAAGAGGAAGAGGAGGUGGAAGAAAAAGAGCCUGAAGAGGAACAGGAAGAAGAGGAGCAUGGUAGCAUCUCCAAAGAGGAAGAAGAAGCGGACGACGAUGAACCAGUUCUGUGGAGUCCCUUAAGUCAAAACGUCGGGGAAGAUCUCAAAGAAACCUACCCGAAAGAAGUCCAGCAGUUUCUGGAUAAGGGAAAAUCCCAAAACUAUGCCGAAAAUGCUGCUUUCAAUGCCCUAUUACCUGUAAGUAGACGAAGGCUACGAAGGACUUACUUAGAGCAUCUAAAAUGGACUCACCGUAUCAAAACACGACGCAAUACACCGUAAAGUCAUGAAGACUCUUCGACGCUUUAUUGACGAAGACGACAUGGAUUUUGACGAAGCGGCCGAGUCGGCAGUGGCAAAACGGAAUUCCUGUUAAGCAGACUAAUACAAAAGAGGUUACUCCCCGACGAUGAUGACGAAGAGGAAGUAGAAGAAGAGGUUGAAACCUAAAUUAACCCUGCGACUCUUAUAAGAGUGUGUGAUUCUAGGGUUUUAGCCAUUAUUCGUGAGACGCCACACAUGCCAGAUGAAUUGCUCCAAUCAACUGUUAGGGCAUGACCAGAGGGCUGUCUGUAAAAAGGCCUACCAUAAAAAAUAUUAUGCAAAGAGCAGAGAGCGAAUCCUGGCCCAGAAAAAAAGAUAUCGUGCAGAGAACGUCAAGAUUUUCAAACAUCGUCGUAAAAGAUGGUAUGAAAACAACAAGGAACGACUCGCCAGCAGCCAGAGAGCUUAUUGUCAACAGAACAAGGAGCACGUCAGAAAUUACGGAAGACAAUACUGUAAAAACAACGGGGAACGGAUCAACGAAUAUUGGAGAAGUUACCUUGCGAAGAAUAAGGAACGGAUCAGUCAAAGACUUCAUGGCCAAAACCAGAGAAAAAUUGUGCGUUUUGGGCCCUGGGACCAAGAGUCUGUAAAACUGGAAACGAGUGUAGUUCCCAACACGACGGUCAAGACUUAAAGAGUUAUAAAGAAACGUUAUAAAGACUCAGACUCUGUUUUGCAAUUGUUUAUAACAAUUUAAUCACAUUACUGUGGUGUAUACCCCCUAUCUCCCAUCUUCUCUUUGGUUCUUAACCACGUGAUAUCGCGUACCCCCUAUCCCCCAUCUUCUCAUCGGUUGUUAACCGCGUCACAUUGUCUAUUAUAUUGUUUUGUGAAUACCCGUUUAUAAGUCAAACGGUCUUGAGAGAGUUCAUUUUACUUGUGACAACAUUCAGCACACCUCUUCUUUGUAGUUUCUUUCUGUCUUGGCAGUUAUGGAGUUGAGUGAUCGCGAGUUGUGUGACGCUUUCGGAGGAAAGUACUAUGUUUGAUGUAAGUGAUUUUGGUCGCUAUUUGAAAACUGCUUAUUAUUCGAGCGUCUGUUUUAUUUGAAGCGAUUAGUUUAUAGUGUUUGUAAAUGAAGUUAGGUCUUUACUUCAAGCGCGAAAAGUUUGAAGUUUCUCUCAGGUUAUUCUCAAGGGUUAAGAUACAGUUUCUAAACAUGUGCUUUUUGCUUUUGAUUUAUUGCACGUUCCAUCUCUGACUAAUUAUGUUAAUUCUUCAAUGGUCGCCCAAAAUGCCUAUUUUUUGUUCAAGAUUCUUUUGAAUGAUGCUUUUCUCAACGGAACAGUCGAGGUCAAGGAGUUUAGAUUUCAUUGCAAACUGCCAUUAGCAAAUCAUUUCCACUUGAAGUAUUUCAAUUGUAUUUUCUUCUUCUCGCCUUUUACCCUAUAUAUUUCUGCCUUCGCUUAUUAUUCGUUACUCGUCAGAGUUUCU